AUGGCAUCUAUUGCUAAUGAAUCAAUAUUAACAGCAGUCGAUAAAAUUAUUGAAAGAGCAAAUGAAGUAAAGGUGUGUCAAGAUUAUAUGAAACUAAUAACAAUUAGUUUAACUCGUUUUCGACAUCGGUUGAAUGAUGGAUUAACCGUAUUAGACGAAACUCGUUCCCAAGAAGAUCUCGUAGAAAUACUAAAAACCAUUGAUGAAAUUGUUACUAUUUGUGCGGAAAAUGAAAACCUUCUUAAUGGGAUGACUUACAAGGAACUGAAAUCUGUACUAUUUCGUCUUCAAUAUCGACUAGCUCAAUAUGAGUCUAAUCUAACAGAUGAUUGUAAAAUUAAAGUUCAAAUAUUAUCUACCGCUUUACAAGACCAACAAGUCUGUGUGACGCAAUCUUCGGAUGAGACAUUCCAACAAAGAUUAGAUGUAAUGGAACAAGAAACCAAGAAAAAUAGCAUAGAAAAACUUCGUCACUUACGUGAAAAAUAUUCCAAAACGAUCGAAUCUUAUCUUCGUACUUGUAUCGAACUACAUCAAUGGGAAUUUAUUCCUGGUCUCACUAGUGAUGUUGUUGCCAAAGUUGCCAAGUUUUUCUACCAAAUUUCUAGCAGAGAAGAAAUGAUAUUAGAAAAUGAAUGGCAAUCAUGUAAAUUUCCUAUCAAACGCACAUUCAUUCGAUUUAAAGCCGAUAACUUGACACCAUUCGAAAGAAACGGAUUACGACGAUUAUUGACGGAAGAUGAUUCCAAUAUGGUACAAGAUGUGAAUAGUAGAAGAGAAAAACUCACAGGAAUGUGGGAACGAUUAAUAUCGGCUCCUUACACGAAACCUGUGGUUGAAAAUAAUUGUUGUUCAGAAGAAGAUGAUAUAAAUGGGGAACAGAUUCUUCGGACUAAACGUUGGACUAUUAUUUUCGGUGAUCCAGGAAGUGGAAAAACAAUUUUUGUUCGAUGGCUUGUUUAUCAUCUUGCUCAAACACUUCUUCUCAAUGAACAACAUUCAACUGAUUAUGGUCCUCUUCGUAUACCAAUUCUAAUUCCUAUUAAAGAAUUUGCCGAAAAAUUGAAAGAACAACCAUCAUUAACAUUAUUUGAUUAUAUUGGAAAACACAAAUGGAUGAAAGAACCAACUAUUGAUGAUUCAUCGAUCUCUUCUGAUAAUGUAUCAUGUGCUCUUCAAGAUUAUAUUCAACAAGGCCAAGCUCUAAUCAUACUUGAUGGUCUUGAUGAAAUUUUGGUUCCAGAUCAACGCUUAAAAAUCAUUAAUAUUAUUGAAAACUUUGUAAACAUUUAUGUUCAAAUACCGACAAAUAUUUCUGCCGUCGACAAUAUAUACUUAAAUAAGUUAUUAGAUGAUCCAUCUCGAUCUGGAGGUAAUCAAUUGAUUGUUACAAGUCGCAUAAUCAGUUAUCACACUACUUCAUUACUGAAACAAUUUUCUUGCUAUACAAUUCAACCUAUGGAUACAAAAUCUAUAACAGAUUUUGUUGAUUAUUGGUUUUUUCGUGUGCAUCAACAUAUAAUUGACAUGCUAAAUCUUCCCUUAGUUAAUCAAGCAAAAAAUCAUAGUGAUGCACUGAAAAAAGAAUUAGAAAAAACAAUGAAUGCUGAUCUUCGUGAAAUGGCUUCGAAUUGUGCUCUAUUAUCAUGUAUUUGUAAUGUAUGUUUUAGUCAAUUAGACUGUCCGCCAUUACCUACUCAACGUUUUCUUCAAUAUGAAUCAAUCAUCAAAGAAGCAUUAAAGUUUUGGCAUAUUAAAGUACCAACUAUAGAUCAAUCACAAGUGAUUCAGAUUUUGAGUGACAUCGCUUUUUAUAUCUAUCAAAAUUCAGCAUCGAAUUUCAUUAACAAUGAACAAAUAAAAGAAAUUUGUGUUCAAAAGAUCAAAAGUUUCAUAAGCAAAACAUUAGUAACCACAGAUGAUAUGAAUGGUUUUGAAAGACAAGCAUUUGAAAUGGCACGAAUCAUUUGUGAUGAUAUUGGUAUUUUAGUUUUGCGAACCGAAUCACUCUAUGGUUUUCUUCAUCAAGCAUUUCAAAAAUAUUUUACUUGUUUGAAACUCAUCGAAGGACAUACACCAAUAAAACAGAAGAGAUUCAUUACUGAUGUGUUCGAUCGAGACAACCAAAUUCAAGUUAUUGCUCAAGUAUUGUCUCGUCACGUAACUAAUUUACGGUUUCACGUACCAAUUGCAUUGGUUUUAGGAAAAAUUAGUUUGUCUUGGUCUCAAAACGAUUUUGACGAUCUUUGCUACGAGUUUAUACAAGCUCAAUAUGAAUAUGACUGUUUUGUACCACUUGGUACUUAUAUACUAAUUACUUGUGUCGAUGAAUUUGUUAAUUAUCCUUCAAAUGACAUUUUGUUCAAUGCCUUAGAUCGUUUAAUCAUUGCAGCUGGUCAACAUCAAUGGUCGAUUGUUUGUCCGUUUCUACUCGAUCAAAUUAUAAAUGUACUAAAAAAAUUUCGACAAGAUAUUGUUUCAUUAUGGAUUAAAAAAUUCUUGUCUGAAUCGUCUCGAUAUGAUAUUCAAACUAUAACAGCUCUUUGCAAAAUUCUCGAAGGAAGACCUCAUGAAUUUGAAAAUAUUCAAUGGUUAGAUCAAACAUCCUGUUCAAUACUUCAAUCGUUAUUAAUAAUUGAUGAUGAAAAUAAUGGAUUUGCUAUUGAUCGAUUAUUAGUUAAAAUUGCUUUCUCAAAUCAUCAGUUAUUACCUUUGAAUUCAACUACGUUCAAAAGUUUUUUGAUUGAUAAACAAAUUGAAAGCAAUUCAAUUCCUAUUCUCCUCUUUCCAUUAAUUAUUGCUUUAUAUGGCGGCUUGACUCGAAAUGGUCAGAGUAUUGUCUUCAAUCCUUGGCAUAUUCAUCGAGAAUCAUCUGUAUUAACACCAAUUUUAAUAGGUUUUCUUUCUGCAAAUGAUUGUGAUAAACAAGAUCAAAAUUUUAAAAAAUUACAACAAGAAUGUUUAAAAUCUUUUGUCAUGCGAAUGGAAAAACAUGAUGAAUCUGUAGAAGCAGUUGAUUUGUGUAUUGCAACGAUUUGUUUAUAUGACAUUGAAUACAUCCAUAACAAUUUAGAUAUUAUUUCUGAUUCUUUUUUAUGCAUUUGUAUCAAUAGAUUAAAAUAUAUUUCAAUGAUUUUACGUCAAUUUUACUUUGCUACGGAUGAAAAUGACCUAUCCAUGGAACAGGAAACAACAAAAUUUAUUUCAACUAGUAUCAACAAAUUUCAAUUAAUUGAAGCAUCAAGAUUUCAUUUUCUUGAUAUGUUAAAUUCACUAAGAAGUAGUGUAGCUCGUUUGCGAUCUUCUUCAACAUCUAUUUUAUUAGAAGGUUUAUCAGAACCUGAUAAACGAAUGACAUUACAUCUGCCUAAUUCUCUGCGAAAUGAGAAUCAAUUCCUUAAUGGUCUAUUAAUAACAGAUGUACAAUUUCAUUCUAAUCGAAAAUCUUGCUCAUUAAUUCAUCAUUUCACUAAACUUUUUUGGCUAUUAGAACACAGUGAUGAAUUUGGUACAUCAUAUAGAAUGUCAACUGCUUUGAAUACCAUACCGGAAUAUUUACUAUUUCGAAAUGAUGAAGAUAUUUUAACUUCGUUAACAUUUGUUCCUUCACAUUUACAGAAUCUUUAUAUUCGAUUAUUGAAAGAAAAAUUUAUUAUAAUCAAUCCAAAAGAUUCAAUAGCCAAUAGCAAACAACAUCUUUAUUUUGGUCACAUUCUAACUGAAUGUUUAAUAUUUUUAUCAAAUCCAUCGUGCAAGAGAUUGUCUAUUUUAGGCGCUUUAAUUAAUCUGUUACCUUGGCUUCGAAUACAGCAGUUAGAAAAUUUUGCUAGUAGUCUUUUAUGGGCAUUAGCUAUAGAUGAUUCAAUUCUUUUGGAUAUUUAUGAAACAAAAAGAAAACGUCCAACCAAUUAUGAAACUGGUCAGUACAUGGAUAGAGAUACAAACUUUUUUAAAGGAUCUCAUCUAAAAGAUGAAAAACGAAAAACAAUAAUUCGAACUAAUAUCGAACAAGAAUAUCAAAGACUUCAAAAUGCUUUGACUUCCAUUAAUAAUGAACAAAAAGAUAUUAAACUCUAUUCUGCAUCAAUCUCCUUGGCACAUAUUUGUCAUUGGACAGACGAUGAAAAAAAAUUAUUUUUAUUAGAACAAUCUAUAAAUGGUGCCAUGUCAAUUCAAAACCAACCUGCUCGUCUUGAUGCAUUAUGUCUGAUUGCUUUAUACUCACAUUCUGAUUAUGAUCAAAUUAAAGUAGAUAGAAACAGAUCUUUAAAAAUGGAAAUCGAACAUCAAUUCAAUGAAAUUUAUCCAAAUUUACCUCUUCUAUUACAAACAGCUAUUUUCAUUAGAUGUUUACCUUUACUUUCACAUUCACAAGCGAUCGACGAUUGUCUUCAAAAUCUCAUUAGUAAAUUUAAUAAUAUAGAUCAACGAGAUCGGCAAGCAGUUAUUGAAGCCUUAUUACCAUACAUGGAAUUGAAUUGUACUUUUUCAUCUAUUACGAAUCGUUUCUCAUAUAGUUUACAUGACCAAAAUAGAAAAAUACAUUGUAAAUCUUCUGCUUUGAAGAGAUAUUUUAAUAUUAGUACAUAUGAAAAUCUAUCGUUCUCAUUAUCUAUUUCAAAUUUAUAUCUUGUGGAAUUAGCCAAUGAUUUUCAUAAUAUUUUUCAAGCGAAUAAUCGUCAAUUAAGCAUCGAUGAAUCGAUUGAAACAAAACUAUUUCAAGUCGGAAAAAGUAUUUUGAGAGAAGAACAAGUAUUAACAAUCACUAAUAUUCUUUCCUUCGUUUCAUUAACAAAUCAAUAUAAUCAGUAUGAGAAACUUUGGGUUAUACUAAAUAAUGCUCUUCAUGAUAUGACUUGGGUAGAAUUUAAAGCAUGUCGUUUGUUAGAAUCUUGGCUGAAAUGGAAAAAAUCAAAUGAAUUGUCUUGUUUUGCCUAUCAUGCUGCACUUCUUCUCAUUAAUUCUGACAUAUGGUCUGUCGAAGCUACAGCCAUCAUAUGUGACCUUUUAUCUAAUGACAAUGAUCGUUUUCGUCAUAGAGCUGAAAUUAUAUGUCGAUCAUCAUAUGAACAUGACGUUCGAACUAGUUCAAAAUUAGGUAUACCUGUUUUAUUAACUCUAGUCAAGAAAAAAAUUCACUAUCAAUUAAAUUCAGCAUCUAUUGGACUGACAUUAAAUCGAUUGAUCCGUAAUAUAACUCUCGAUAUUCAGUCUCAUCUAGAAAUAUUACUUUGGCUAGAAAGAUAUAGAAUUCAUGCAUUGACCAAUAAAGAAUAUUCCUUCAACAAUUUAAAUUCAUCGAAACAUUCUUAUGUAACUUCAUUUUUUUCAAAUAAUAUAGAGCUAGAUACAUGCUCCUAUAUUAAUUCGUUUCAACUCUCUAGUGAUUUGGUGAUAUAUUUGUGUGAAAUGAUUGAAUCGAAUUUUAUUUUAUUCUUCUCCAUCAAUGGAGAUACAACAUCAGAUGAAGUUUCAGAAAGUCAUAAACGAUUUGUUAUUUCAUUACUUUUGACUUUAUACAAAUUGCUGAACAAUACUAAUCAAACACGACAGGCAGGAAUUACUGCUCUGAUGAAGUUAUUUGAGAAGUCCAAUAACAAUCAAAUUUGCCAAGCUGUGGCGUGUCUUCUUGGUUAUGUAUGUAAUGAUAAAACAUAUAAAGAUUUGUUUGAUAAAAUUGUAUGGAUAGUGAACAAAACAUGUUAUGGUACUUCUAAUUAUUCUAAUAAUGUUAUAUGUGCGCUCAUCUCAAGUUAUUUCUAUUGUGUAUCUAUAAAUAAAAUCACAUUUGAUCAAGAUGAUUUAAAUUUCUUUUCUACUUUAUUAAAACAUCACUCACAGGAUAUUGUGAAAGCUGUUCGUGUAGGAUUGGCUCGUGUUCUCAAAGAUUCCUUAUUUCUAAUUAGGUUUCUCGAUUGUGAUUAUAUUCAAUGUUACCAUGCAUUGAUCGGAUCAACAGCAUCCUGGUAUGUUGAUGAAAUUCAGCAAAAUAAUGAAAAUAAUGUUGCAAAGUUUAUCGAAGAAUACCCAACUCUUUUACCAAUCUUUAUGGUCGAAUUAUACGAUAGUAUUCGUCAUUUUUCCAAUAAAAUACAGCAGAUCGAAUUCAAUAACUAUGAUUUAGCCUACGGAUAUCCUACAUAUGUGAAUAUUGCUUGUCUAAUCGCUGUACGUAUGCCAAAAGUAUUUUGUGCUUUCAUCAAAGAUUGGCCUGAUGGAGACAAUUUAAAACGGGCAUUGUUUUAUGCGAGUAAACAAAAUCAUUUUCCACAGCGCGCCUCUUGCUUAACAAUUCUAUCGCUGUUGGGUGAAUUAACAAUCGACUUAUGUCAAAUGUUCAUUGAAGCUGUACGUGAUGAUUCAUAUAUUCAAAAUAAUUGUUAUAAAUCUAUAAGAUUUAUUCAUUCGGUUAAAGAUGAGAAAGUCGUUUUAAAACGUUUAUUAUCAUAUUUAAAAUCAAAAUCUAUGAGUGUUCGAUAUGUUACAGCUAAAAUACUUCUUCAUCUUUCUCAAUCAUCUCUUAUUCCAUUUCAACAAGUUCAGACUAUAUUAAAUGAUCUUAUGUUAGAUUCUAGCUCAAAUGAACAGUUAUGGUUAAUUAAAGAGAAAGAUGGUUUCACCUUAGAAUGUCAAUAUUACUAUGCUGGUCCAUUGAAAGAUGUUAUUUAUUCACUUCUUGUUCAACAUGUCACUGAACAUAACAGUGACAAUGUUCGAAGAAAUAGAUUCAAUGAUAUUGAUUUGGAUUUCAUUGAAUCUGAAAAAGCAUCCCAUUUUGCUUCUUGCGUCUAUGAAAAAAAUCUUGAAGAUACUCCAGAAUAA